AUGAAGUUCACGCUGGGCCUGGGGUCGCGGGCCUGGAGAGUGUCCUGGGAGCGGGCGGCGGCGGCGGCGGCGGGCCCGGGGGCGGGCGGCGGCGCGCUCGGCGGCGGCGCACAGCGCGUUUCUAGCCCGCGGCCGGGCCGCCGCGGCUCUCGGCUCGCGCGCGCCCUCGCUCUAUGCCUCUCCCGCGGCGGCGGCGCCCGAGCUCUCCCGGACUGCGCCGGGCCCAGCCCCGGCCGCCCCGGCGCCAGGCAGCUGGCUGGCCCGCGCGCCAUGGAGCAGACGUACGGCGAGGUGAACCAGCUGGGCGGUGUGUUCGUCAACGGCCGCCCCCUGCCCAAUGCCAUCCGUUUGCGCAUCGUGGAGCUGGCGCAGCUGGGCAUCCGACCCUGUGACAUCAGCCGGCAGCUUCGCGUAUCCCACGGCUGCGUGAGCAAGAUCCUGGCGCGCUACAACGAGACAGGCUCCAUCCUGCCCGGGGCCAUUGGGGGCAGCAAACCCCGCGUCACCACCCCCAACGUGGUCAAACACAUCCGGGACUACAAGCAGGGCGACCCUGGCAUUUUUGCCUGGGAGAUCCGCGACCGGCUGCUGGCCGACGGCGUCUGCGACAAGUACAAUGUGCCCUCUGUGAGCUCCAUCAGCCGCAUCCUGCGCAAUAAGAUUGGCAGCCUGGCGCAGCCCGGGCCCUACGAGCCGAGCAAGCAGCCGCCGCCGCAGCCAACGCUGCCCUACAACCAUAUUUACCAGUACCCCUACCCCAGCCCCGUGUCGCCCACGGGUGCCAAGAUGGGCAGCCACCACGGGGUCCCGGGCACAGCAGGUCACGUCAGCAUCCCCCGUUCAUGGCCCUCAGCGCACUCGGUCAGCAACAUCUUGGGCAUCCGGACGUUUAUGGAGCAAACAGGGGCUCUGGCCGGGAGCGAAGGCGCCGCCUACUCCCCCAAGAUGGAAGACUGGGCCGGCGUGAACCGCACGGCCUUCCCCGCCACCUCAGCAGUGAAUGGGCUCGAGAAACCUGCCUUGGAGGCCGACAUUAAAUACACUCAGUCGGCCUCCGGCCUCUCCGCAGUGGGCGGCUUCCUCCCGGCCUGCGCCUACCCGGCCUCCAACCAGCACGGCGUGUACAGUGCGCCGGCCGGCGGCUACCUCGCCCCGGGCGCGCCCUGGCCUCCGGCGCAGGCCUCCCCGCUGGCGCCCCCCGGGGCCGGCGUCACCGUGCACGGCGGAGAGCUCGCGGCGGCGAUGACCUUCAAGCAUCCCGGCAGAGAAGUGGCCGACCGGAAGCCGCCCAGCCCUGGUGGCAAGGCCCCGGACGGCCUCAGUAGCUUACACGGACUGCCCAUCCCGGCCUCGACCUCCUAGGGCAGCGCUUCCCCGAGCCCGAGCCCCGAGGAAGAGGCGGACUGGUGGGCCGACCGGGGCGCGCAGGACCGAGGACACGCCGAGGAGGUGCCCGGAGCCGGCCCGCGGGGGGCGCGCCCGUCAGCCGCCAGGCCUCGCCCUGCCCUCCGGCCCUGCGGCCACACCUCCUUGGUUGGCCAGGGACUUUGGGCUUUUCUGAACUUUGGCUUUAGGCUGUCGCACCCUUGUCGCGAUCUUGGCUCCGACGUGGCCUCCCUCGCUCUGUCAGCCUCAAGCUUCUCUUCCGACUUCUCCCGGGAUUGUUCGGCACCCUCCUUCCCUCCUUCUUCCCUUGUCUUUUCUCUCUCUUUCCUGCUGUCCCUCGCUUCGCUUUUUC